AGGACGGUAACGAAAUAAACGAUAAAUAGAACGACAACUUUGACUUUCCGUUAAGGAUUUAGUAUUUCUGUUAAAAGAACUACGAAGAAGAAUCUCAUUGUUUUUUCCUAUGUCGUGAUAUCGAUCGGGGUGAUACUGGAUUCUUGAAGCCAACAACGUUUUGAAUUACAUCUUUCGCUCGUGUAUGCGCGAUGAGAUAGAAGACAAUAUAAGAAUUAGCCUGCAAACCAACAUGAUGUGAAUCACGUCGAUGAAGGACUUGCUACCUUGAGCUUGACGGUGAUCGUCGACGAAGCAACCCCAUAGUACAGAUGCCAAUAAGACACCUCGUAAAGAAGCAGGCGUAAGUAGAAGGAGCCGUCAAGUCCGAAACUACAAGGACUUGUAUGUUUGCAUUCGACGACCGGACACCUUCUAGACGAGCCCUUCACUAACUACAACAACUGUGUUGAGGCGAAUUAUACGACAACGACCAGUUGUAACUUAAGGGUAGGCUAAAGGUGCUUUUCUUACCGCUUUUUAUGCCUCUCCUAAGGGAGAAAGGCAUAACAAGCGGGGUAAGCGAGCACCAAAAACCUACCUCUAAGUAACAAAAAGUGUGACCGCACGGACAUCAACGUCUUUUAAUCCGGCGCAACCGAGACCGACCACUAGGACUUCUACAAAUACUAGAAGAUGCCAUUCGUAUGCGGAGUGCAGGUGGAGCACAUGCUCAUGGUUCUCAAGGGCCUCGAGGGCUUGUCAAAUACGGUGGUUAUUUUAAGGCAGAAUUAGAUGUAAAUUAUUUAACCUUAACCGACACUGUGUCUGUGAGCAGUGAGCUACAGCGGAGGAGAAGAACGAUCUGAAAAAUUAUAAUAGAUACACCCACAGCUUGAUGUCCCAUUUACUUGUGGGCCUCUCACAGUCACAUAGUACCCGCGUCUUCUUCUAACUAUCACAGUAAAAGAAGACGAAGGUAUGUAUGGACAUGCGCAGGACGAUUCGUUGGUGGCGCUGUGUAACUGGAAAUUGCAGUACGACUCUUUUCCGCUCUUCGAAUUCUUCAAGACUCAUAAACAAAUGUACUAUACUUCGUACUUCUAGUGGAGGUCGUUAUUCAAGUACUAUGACAUUUCUUUGUAAUGUCGAAUGAGUGGGAAUGUUCUUCUAGCUGCAUUAUCUAUGUGCUACUGCUAAUUGUACUUCUGACUUUUUUUUAGCGAGAAACAUGCAAGACGAAGAUCCUAAGACCUUUGGAGAUAAGAGUAGAUAGCCCAGUAAAGGACUUACUUACGCUGGAGAACUGUACUCGAUGAACGCGUGAACAAUUUACAGGAUCAGCUGGAAGCUUGAUGUAAGGAAUCUGCAGAAAAUGCUGGCAGGCGCGGAAAGAACAGGCGUAGUGGAGAUAUUCAGCAACGACAACCCAACCUUUCUUGGAAUAACAUACGUCAACUCCAAAGUUGCCAGGAAUGAGGUUCAUCCUCUAAGUUCCCUUCCUAGAAAAGUUGUCAAUUUGUUUCCAUACAUCUUUUAUGAUGCUGGACAUAUAGUACUUCAUCUACUUGAUACCAGUACUCACAACUCUCACCACCACUAUACACCGUUUUCACAGGAAUUCCAUUCUCUUAACAGGAAUUUCAUGCGAAGCUGCCUUUGAUGAAGAUUACGGAUGAGGACAAAAGCAGAAUAGACUGCGUACCAGAGGAGUACUAUGACAAUCGAGCGACGAUAUCAUCGAGGACCUUCUGCCAUGUAUUUUCUUAAUACGACUCUACUUUUUAGCUGCACAUGAUGAAUUUAGGGUCACGACUCAGGAAAACAUAAUUGACGAAGCUCAAAAGUAUGCUCCUUAUUGGAAAAAUCUUGGCUUUGAAGUUGGCAUUGCUUUUCGUGUCGUAUGUUGUUCAUUUUUAUAUUCAAGGCUUCGCAUCGGCAUCGACAUCGUCCGAGCAAGUCGAUGAGAAACACAACUACAUGCAGUAGCUCAGAUAAUCUUGAUCUUCAUCAAAAAGUCUACUUGUUUUUUCAGAUAAUUCAAGGGAUGCAGGGAAUUGGAGCCAAUAUCCGCUUUCAGCUAGACGCGGAGCAUUUUCGUUGCACCGUAGAGAACGCAGAGACAGGUAUUAUCCUUGUCCCUUUUUAUUUCUUGACAGACGUUACUUUUAUGUACUUAGUUAAGGUAACAUUUACAUGAUCGCCAUCGCUCGCGCUCCUAACUGAUCUGUUGUUAUAUCUGCGGUGAGACAAAAUCAAAAAUCUUCAUCGAAUAAGUAUUAAAUGAUCUAGAAAAAUAUCAAUCUUGUUCUUCUUCCUAGCAGCACACACGAACUAAAGGUUUCUCUCUCGCGACUUCUGUUGGUCAUAGAACAGACGAGACGAAUAUCGCGAGGAAUUCUUGGGUAGACCUCAACGGCGUCAAAAAAAGUUUUGAUCAACGGUUUCCGCUGAAGUUCCUACAGUUAAGGUCAGCCUUUACCCAUCUUUCUGAGCAUCUUGGUGGCCGCGUCUUGAAGAGAAAACGGCCAGUCCAAAAAAAAAAGAUGCUCAGGAAGAUGGAUUUAGACGAGGUCUAAUACAGAUUUUUACCAAUUGCGCGAACCAAGCCGUGAUUGCUGAGCUCUACUUCGCGCCGAAUCAACCGAUUAUCAUCCGAUAUCUGAUUUUACGGGGCGGUUUCAAGUCAAUAAUGCGAUACACAUACAAGUAGGUCAGUAUAGAAUUAUAAUCGUACAGCGUCUUCUUGGUAGACACUCCAUCAGGACAAGAACUCAUCUUCAAUUUAUUCUUUCUAAUCUUUGGCGAUUCCAAAAAGAACGGUUAUGUCAGCUUUAUGACGACUCCGUUGCUACAGGCGGAUGGCCAACGCGACGAGGAUGUGGCACCAGGUGAUGAGGAUAUCUAAUUCAUUGUUGGGGAUGUUGGGAAUGGACGAAAGUGUGGAUGAUGAGCUGACGAACUUUCGGCUGAAGUAAGCAUUGCUCUCUACAACAUGCUCAUGUGUUUACGGUGCUUCAUUGUUCGAAAUCGAAGGUUGUUGGCGAUCGAAUUUCAUCUGAACUACGAGAGUCACGCAUUUACAGACCCUGAAGAUGAUGCAAAAAUGUUGGUUUUAAGGAUCAUCAUACCGGCGGAUGUUGAUAAUUUGCUUCUGCGCACCUAAAUCUGUCCCCAUUCGCAGGCCAUGCAUGGCGCCUGGAUGUAAGUAAUUGCUCUCUAUAAUGUAAGUACCCUCAGACCAUUUUUCCUGGAGGGGGCAUGAUCAUGUUUAUUAUGUGAGUCCUGAGCGUCUACCCGGUGACGUCUAC